ACAUUGAGCAGACCUGUGCACCAGGGAACAUCUCCCCUCCCACCCAGGUUUACUCCUACGCACCCCUCAGCCUUCUAUUAGCCUGUCACCUCCUCCAGGCACCCAGGGCUGCUUCCCCUGGCCUGUCUGCUACCUCUGGGGCAGGGACCUCGCCCGGCUCAUCUCAGCAUCUGCAGCGCCCAGCCCGCAAGCGGGUCCUCACCUGGGUCACCGCGCGCCAGCUUAGGGAGGAGUGGACCAAGGACAAGAGGGAGGAGGCAGAGGCGGCAGCGGCGGGAGGAGCGUGGGGGCGGAGGCGGCAGCGGGAGGGGGCGCGCGCGCCGGCGGCGGCCGCCCAAGGCCGGGGCCGCGCGCCCAGCCUGAGCCCGCCCCGCCGCCGAGCGUCACCGAACCUGCUUGAAAUGCAGCCGAGGAGCCGGGGCGGGCGGCAGCGGUGGCGGCGGCGGCGGGGGCAGCGGCAGCCCCGGCGCCGCAGCAAGGACUCGGCGGGCUGAGGCGCGGCGGCUGCAGCCGCACGGGGUGCGCGGGGCGCGCCGGCCGGAGCCCGGGGCCCGCCAUGGGCCGCCCCGAGCGGGGCGCGCUCCGGCCGCUGGCGCCGCUGCUGCUGCUGCUGCUGCUGCUGCGGCUCCAACGUCUCGCGGCGGCGGCGGCGGCGGAUCCACAGCGCGGCGGCCAAGGGCCGGUCAAAGAGUGCGAAGAGGACCAAUUCCGGUGCCGGAAUGAGCGCUGCAUCCCCUCCGUGUGGAGAUGCGACGAGGACGACGACUGCUCGGACAACAGCGACGAGGACGACUGCCCCAAGAAGACCUGUGCAGACAGCGACUUCACCUGUGGCAACGGCCACUGCAUCCCAGAGCGGUGGAAGUGUGAUGGCGAGGAGGAGUGUCCCGACGGCUCUGAUGAGUCUGAGACCACGUGCACCAAGCAGGUGUGUCCUGCAGAGAAGCUGAGCUGUGGACCCGCCAGCCACAAGUGUGUGCCUGCCUCGUGGCGCUGCGACGGGGAGAAGGACUGUGAAAGCGGAGCGGACGAGGCCGGCUGUGCCACCUCUCUGGGGACCUGCCGUGGGGACGAGUUCCAGUGUGGGGAUGGGACUUGUGUCCCUACGAUCAAGCGUUGCAACCAGGAACAGGACUGUCUGGACGGAAGUGACGAAGCUGGCUGCCUGCAGGGGCUGAACGAGUGUCUGCACAACAAUGGGGGCUGCUCCCACAUCUGCACAGACCUCAAGAUCGGCUUUGAGUGCACAUGCCCAGCAGGCUACCAGCUCCUAGACCAGAAGACCUGCGGCGACAUCGACGAGUGUGAGGACCCCGAUGCCUGCAGCCAGAUCUGUGUCAACUACAAGGGCUACUUUAAGUGCGAGUGCCACCCCGGCUACGAGAUGGACACUCUGACCAAGAACUGCAAGGCUGUUGCUGGCAGAAGCCCGUCCCUGAUCUUCACCAACCGGCAUGAAGUGCGGAGGAUAGACCUGGUGAAGCGGGACUACUCACGCCUCAUCCCCAUGCUCAAGAACGUCGUGGCACUGGAUGUCGAAGUUGCCACCAAUCGCAUCUACUGGUGUGACCUCUCCUACCGCAAGAUCUACAGUGCCUACAUGGACAAGGCCAGCGACCCGGCGGAGCAGGAGGUCCUCAUGGAUGAGCAGCUGCACUCUCCGGAGGGCCUGGCGGUAGACUGGGUCCACAAGCACAUCUACUGGACUGACUCAGGCAACAAGACGAUCUCUGUGGCCACAAUUGAUGGCGGCCGCCGCUGCACUCUCUUCAGCCGUGACCUCAGUGAACCCCGGGCCAUCGCGGUCGACCCCCUGAGAGGGUUCAUGUAUUGGUCUGACUGGGGGUACCAGGCCAAGAUCGAGAAGUCUGGGCUCAAUGGUGUGGACCGGCAAACACUGGUAUCAGACAACAUUGAAUGGCCCAAUGGAAUCACCCUGGAUUUGCUGAACCAGCGCUUGUACUGGGUGGACUCCAAGCUUCACCAACUAUCCAGCAUUGACCUCAGUGGAGGCAACAGGAAGAUGCUGAUUUCCUCCCCUGACUUCCUGAGCCACCCUUUCGGGAUAGCUGUGUUUGAGGACAAGGUGUUCUGGACAGACCUGGAGAAUGAGGCCAUUUUCAGUGCAAAUCGCCUCAAUGGCCUGGAAAUCUCCAUCCUUGCUGAGAACCUCAAUAACCCACAUGACAUUGUCAUCUUCCAUGAGCUAAAGCAGCCAAGAGCUGCAGAUGCCUGCGAGCUGAGUGCCCAGCCCAAUGGCGGCUGUGAGUACCUGUGCCUUCCUGCUCCUCAGAUCUCCAGCCCCUCUCCCAAGUACACAUGUGCCUGUCCUGACACCAUGUGGCUGGGCCCAGACAUGAAGAGGUGCUACCGAGCACCUCAAUCUACCUCAACUACGACGUUAGCUCCUACCACAACGAGGACACGAGCCGACACCACGAGAACCCCCGGGACCACUGUCCACAGCCUCACCUACCAGAACCGCAGCACAGAGACACCAAGCCUGGCAGCUGUGGUCCCAAGUCCGGUUGGUGUCCCCAGGGCUCCCAGCAUCAAGCCCUCUACCCCAAGCCCUGCGACCAGCAACCACUCCCAGCACUAUGGGAAUGAAGGUGGCAAGAUGGGCUCAACAGUCACUGCUGCGGUCAUUGGGAUCCUCGUGCCCAUGGCGGUAAUAGCCCUGCUGUGCAUGAGUGGCUACCUGAUCUGGAGAAACUGGAAGCGGAAGAACACUAAAAGCAUGAAUUUUGACAACCCGGUGUACAGGAAAACGACAGAAGAAGAGGACGAAGAUGAGCUGCACAUAGGGAGGACCGCUCAGACUGGCCACGUCUACCCUGCAGCAAUCAGCAGCUUUGAUCACCCACUGUGGGCAGAGCCCUGUCUUGGGGAGACCAGAGAACUGGAAGACCCAGCCCCUGCCCUCAAGGAGCUUUUUGUCUUGCCGGGGGAACCAAGGUCACAGCUGCACCAACUCCCGAAGAACCCUCUUUCCGAGCUGCCUGUCGUCAAGUGCAAGCGAGUGGCAUUAAGCCUUGAAGAUGAUGGACUGCCCUGAGGAUGGGACCACUCCCUUCGUGCCUCAUGGAAUUCAGUCCCAUGCACUACACUCUCUGGAUGGUGUAUGCCUGGAUGAAGGGGUUUCUGUAUAUGGGUCUGUGUGUGUGUGUGUGAGAGAGAUUUCUUUUUAAUUUAUGUUGCGGAAAGGUAACCACAAAGUUAUGAUGAACUGCAAACAUCCAAAGGAUGUGAGAGUUUUUAUAUGUAUAAUGUUUUAUACACUUUUUAACUGGUUGCACUACCCAUGAGGAUUUCAUGGAAUGGCUACUGCUGAGUGACUAACAUGAUGUACAUAACCAAAUGGGGCUGAUGGUACACUAGCUUACUCAUCAUUUUAAAACUAUAUUUACAGAGGGUAUUUGAUUUGGGGGGAGCUUUUUUCGAUUUUGGAGUUUGGGGUUUUGAUUUUUUUUUUUUUUUUUAGUAUAUAAAAUGAUUAUGCUUUGUGGCUAUCCAUCAACAUAAGUGAAAAAAAGGAGAAAACACUUCAACUCCCUCCCCCACUUAGAUUAUUUAUUAACAUAUUUCAAAAAAUAAGAUUAGUUCUAUAAAUAAUUUAGAGACACGAGAGUAUUUAUUUUUGGUAUGAUUGGCCCACCAUGCAGACUCUGUGUGCGUUUACGUUUCUAUGUGUAUGUGUGUGAGAGAGACAGAUCUGUAGAGAAGAGGCACACCUGGGGCUGUUCGAAUCCAUACAGAGAAAAACAUGGGGAAACAGUCCACAGAGGGGUAUCUGUAGUUUUCAGAGAAGCCUUUGGAAAUUUCACUCAAAAAAAUGGAUGCUGUGGUUUGUGUAAACACCUAGUGGAAGAGGCAGAUCUUUUCCACCUCUGGCAAUUCCUGGGACUCUAGUCAGUCAGGCACAGCCUUUCAGUUCACCUGUGGCUGCUGGGACUCCCGCUCGGGCUUUCUCUUCUGUGUCUGAGGCCAGUGCACAGACUUCACACGGUGCCAGAAGUUCUCGUGAGCUCAGGCGAGAACACACCCGAACCUUGGCUCCUUGUUUUAAAGUUCGGCAUUUCAAGUAACUUCCUUUUCCUUCAGGACGCUUGGGUUGAAUUCAUUAUGUUUCCUCUGAAGCACUUCUAGGGUGCCAUCCUUCCUCGUGGAGAGCUAAGUGGAGACAUUUCUAGAACAGCCCAAGUUUCCUGUAGAGACUGGCUCAGGCACUGAACCUCUGAGAUAUGCAGUGGGUGAGGGUAAGGACAGUGGAAUAGGUUCUGUUACAUCUCUAUUUCUUCCUUUCCCUUUCCCUUCCUCUCUGCCAUUUCUUGUAAGUGGGGGAAACAACAUAGGCUUGCUACCAUCGUGUGUUCAUUUAGAUGAAAGUAGCUUUUGGCUGAAGUCAGAAAAAGUGGCCAAACUUGAAGUCCUACAAGGGGGAAAUGGCAUAUACAACAGUAUCGUAUAUCGGAUAUAUAUGUUCACACAGGGAUUUGGUUUACUACUUUGUAAAUAAAAGGAAAAACUCUGGGU